GAACCCGGGCUCAGACAUAUAUUUAUUUUUUACCUUUUUUUUUUUUACUUUUUUAUAUUAUUUUUUCUACUUUUCUAUAAGAUUCUAAAGCUGAACACUGAAAAAACACUUACUAUUAUUUUUAGGGCUCAAAUCAUCAUCAUCUUCUUCAAUCAUCCACCAAAAACCCUAAAUCUUCAAAUCAACAACUCUAAUGGCGGAAAAACCUCAACCGGUUCACGUUCUAUACUGCGGCGUGUGCGGAUUACCCGCUGAAUACUGUGAAUUCGGACCCGAUUUUGAGAAAUGCAAACCCUGGUUGAUCCAAAAUGCUCCGCAACUUUAUCCAGAUCUGAUUCAAGAGUCAAAUUCGAAGGAUGUUGAUGGAGUUUCGGAUCAGUUGCAGUCUUCUUCAAUCGCAGAUGCCACUGGACCUUCUGGUUCUUCAGCGCCAAAGCAAGAGCCAGUCAAACGACUUCCUGGUGGAAAGAUUAAAAAGAAGGAGAAACAAGAAGUUAUAAUCGAGAAAGUAACACGCAACAAGCGUAAAUCCAUCACCACCAUCAAAGGUCUUGACCUUUUUGGUAUUAAACUGAGUGAUGCUUCAAAGAAGCUUGGUAAGAAAUUUGCAACCGGUGCUUCCGUGGUGAAGGGUCCAACUGAGAAAGAUCAAAUUGAUGUACAAGGAGAUAUUGCAUACGACAUCGUGGAAUUCAUUACAGAUACAUGGCCUGAUGUUCCCGAAACGGCUAUUUAUUUCAUUGAAGACGGGAAGAAGGUCCCUGCUGUGUGACUUCCAGAAACCGGAUCAGAACUCUUCGUCGAUCAAACUUUAAAAGACGCUUCAACUGUAUGUUUUUAAGAAAUGUUUUUGUCCACAAACAGUCCAAUGAUCUUCUGAAUGAUGUUAUAAAGUAUGAUCCUGCAGUUGAUAUACAGUCGUAACAUUGCUACUCUCUGGUUUAUUACGAAGCAAAAACGUGGUAGUGGGUCCCACUAGUCUAGUAAGAUAAGAAACAACGCUUUUUGUCGUUUUUAUCAUUGCACGUGCGCUAUGUAGUUAAUGUCGUCGAUAUAUCGGUUAUCUGUC